AGUGUUACGCCCUAAGUUACGUUCUAUGAGAAAAGUCCUUGCGAGAAAACAAACCGGCCUUUGGCGAACAGUUGUUUGUUGACUCCGCAACAAGCCGCACGCGCAUAUCUCUCGACCAGUGCCAUUCCUUCAAACACGUGCGUUUUACUCGCUGCCAGUGCAUAUUGUAAACAUAUAUCAUUGUGAUAAGGUGCAAUUUUCUGUGAUAUUGUGAUAACCGAUUAUAACGAAGUGAACAAUCGUUAGAUGUUAAGAUUAACGAAUCCAGUGCCAUCAACUUCAUCCAGAAGCUUUAAAAGACGAAAGCGUUGACUGCAACGACAAUGAUCUCCGUCCAAGAAUGCGUCCUGGCGUUGAUUUUAGCCGUAUCAACCUUAUACACUUCAGGAGUAUCAUGCCUGCAAUGCUACCAAUGCCUGAUCAACCCGCUGCCGGGCCAGUACUACAACACGACCAAGAACCUGUGCGUGCACUUCGACUACUCCGAGAGGUUCAUAGUGGACUGCCCCUUCUCCACCAUGUGCAUGAAGCAAGCCUUCCACCUGGACCUCAUUGGAGGAGUAAAAGUUACGGGGGUCCUCCGCGACUGCGCGUCCCAGAAGAAUGAGCACUACGACUUUGUAAAUGGGAAAUGGAUUCCCAAGAUGGAGAUCCUUGAGCCCUACGUGGAGGGCUGCCAAGAUAUCGACGACAAGGGCGAGAGGACCACGUCACAUAAUAGGUUCUGCUACUGCCGCCAGAACUUAUGCAACUCAUCACCGAGCACCAACCACGAGGGGUAUACCGACAUCAUGGGGGUCAUAGUUGUCUUCAACCUCAUGAAGUACAUCAAUAGCCUCAGGUAGUGAAUCCAGAACAGUGCGCCAAACACUUAGUGAAUUAACUAUGUAUGUGAUAGCAUAGUGCGGUCAUGCACCAACAAUGUGAUAUUAAAGGAAACAGAAAUGAUACCUAAUUUUAAGCUUAGGUAAAAUGUUGUUAGGUAUGUGUUAGUCAUAGCCUUUUGUAUUUAUGUAUGUAUUGUAUAAUAAAGAUUAUUUAAGGCAUGAA